CGUCCACUUUCCAGAUUUUGUGGUUUUGUUUCUCUAGUGCUCUGAGCUGGCAGACGGGAUCCCAAUUUGAACCCCCUUCAAAGGCAGCUGGAGGUUCUGACUGGGGCUGAAACACUCACGAUGACACAGCCACAGCGCCUUCCCUCCCUGAGACGUGUUGCAGUAUGUGGGGGCACCCACGGGAACGAGAUGUCUGGAGUUUACCUGGUCAGGCACUGGCUACGGGACCCCUCCGAGUUGCAGCGUGGCACCUUCCAUGCCACACCCUUCCUAGGCAACCCACGUGCCAUUGAGCAGUGCACACGCUACAUUGGCAGGGAUCUUAAUCGCACAUUAACUGCUGAUUUUCUCAACUCCAAGAAUACAAACCUGUAUGAAGUUCAACGAGCUCAGGAAAUCAAUCAGACCUUUGGCCCGAAAGGUUCAUCUCAAGCCUAUGACCUUAUAGUUGACCUGCACAACACCACAGCCAACAUGGGUUCCUGCCUCAUCGUGGACUCUGAACACAGCCUCUUGUCCAUGCAUAUUUGUGACUACAUUCAGAAACAUUCAAGAAUAAGACGUUGUCCCAUCCUUUUCUAUCAGCAGCAGCCGGAAGAAGAGACCUAUUCUGUCUGUUCAGUGUCCAAAGCUGGGUUAGCGUUGGAGCUGGGUCCACAGCCCCAGGGAGUAGCACGAGCUGACCUGCUUGCUCACAUGAGAUCCAUCAUGGCCUGUGCUUUGGAUUUCAUUGAACUGUUUAACAAAGGCACAUUGUUUCCAGCUUUUGAGACUGAAGCAUAUAAGGUGGUUGGACCUGUGGACUUUCCCCGCUAUCCUAAUGGUGAGAUUUCUGCUGUGAUACAUCCAAAUCUGCAGGAUAAAGAUUUCCAGCCCCUGAAGCCUGGGGAUCCCAUUUUCCAGACGCUCAGUGGGGAGGAUAUUCUAUAUGAUGGUGAUGACGUCACCUACCCAGUCUUCAUCAAUGAGGCAGCCUACUAUGAGAAGAAAGUGGCCUUUAUUAAGACAGAGAAACGCACAUUCUCCCAACCUGCACUGCAGAAGAUGUUUUAAAUGAGUCCUGUUUUAUCAGCGGGAACCAGACCAACAACACAUCACAAGAAGACAAUUGAAACCCAGGUUUUUAAUGUAUUCUAAAAAGUCACUGUUGUGCGGCUUAUCCCCUGAAU